AUGACACCGCAGACAACCAGAGCUCGACAUGGCCGCAUUUUGACGCAGCCCGGAUCCAACCCGAAGAGAUGGAAUAAAGAGGAACUUCGGAAAUGCGGUGCCAUAGGAACCACGGAGCUGCGACGUCUCAAUUUGCGAGGCCAAAUCCAUCCAGUAUUUUCGAAUUGGAAAGAUACAAAUCAAGAGCUACGCAGAGAAUUGAAACAGCCGCUCCUUCUUGCGAGUCGACUCCUAGAGGCUGCAGGACUGCCCUGGGCCUCUGAUUUCCUCACCCACGACGUCUUCGUGAAAGGCUACCCCGGUCGGAAACCAAGUUGUCGCUGUAGUUUUACGCAUUCUUCCGCUGCUCGCGUAGAUGACAAUGAGGCGGCGCCGCGGACUAUCGUGAGACACCAUCGUGCUCCAUGGGCCUCAUCACAGCUUAAAAGCAGAUGGACACGUAUCGCAGAGAGCAAGCUUAAGGGCGAGAUGUCGAAUUCCCUAAAGUGGGAACUGGACGAAUAUAUGUUCCAUGAGCGUGGAUGGGCCGGGUACACUUGUCGGCAUCCACGGAACGGGCGGACGCUGGAUGAGCUCGAUAAGUAUGGGACUAUACGGCGGUGGGAUAAGAAAUGCGAGAACCGCAGAUGCCGCAACUUGUCAAUUCUAGUCACGGCAGAUUUCCCUAAGCGCUUGGCCCAGUUGAGAUGUGAGGGUAAGGAACAGGGCGAGGAGUAUCUUUUAACAGCGUUCAUGACGGCCGUUACGCUCUUACAUGAACUCGGCCAUGCCAUUUACUGGAAGGACUGCCGGUCUCUCACACGGGAUCUGUGCGAACCUUUUUACGGUGCCGAUCUUGAGAUGGAACUGGGAGAUAGCUUCGUCGCAUCUAUAUUUGGCGGUUGGAUACCGGUACAGAUUAGAAAUCCUGCCCAGUUAAAAGAGAGCUUGGACUUCUCUGCCGGCAUCGCGUGGAAACAGGUGCUUAGUUGGGAUUUCCACCGUCUACGACCGAAACACCGCGCUCACUACUCGAUACCCGUUGACUACGUAUCUCGCCUGUUCUCCGAGGAAGACUGGCUGGCAUCGCGCAAGGAUCUUCGAAGGGACUUGAUCCGACCACAGACGCUAGAGCCGGCUCUUAAGGGCGUCGGCGUAUGCCUGGAAGUCGCCGCAGGAGGUAAGCACGCAACGGCUACAAUCACAGACUUCCACUUCAAUGGGAAAGGCUGGGUGUGGAAUCGGCUCACCGGGGCACGGUUCCGCAUCCCGCAGUACGAUGGCUACCUAUGCCCAAACCUCGACCUUCCUAUUGCCACCGACGACGUAAUCGAGGAACCAAAACCACGGCCCCAGCUUAAACCAUCUCCUAUGCCGCUCGUGCCUCCACCACCUCCACCCCCAACGGCAAUAACGUCUAACAAGAGCGUCUUCCCUAGCUCCCCUAGUAUCCAGAUCAAGCUAGAUAUGUCCCCGCAGCCCCCGCGGAAGCCCGUUCCUAAGAUCAGAAAAAAGCCGGAUCUAGUGCGCGAAUGUAGCGAUAGGCAGAUGAAGAAGCCAGCACCUGGACCCGUAGGACUUGCUAAGGAGGAGCAGCACCUGUCGAACCCGGAUAUGUCUGAGAUCUCGCUAGAUGACCUGCGGAACCGACUAUCGCAGUUCCUAGGGGUCUCGUUCGACAAGCUUGAGGGGUUCUUUGAGGGUUAG